UGUCAAUGAUCGACUAUCAAGAUUAGGUGCACGUAAAAUCCAAAAACUACGAAACGCUUACGUUUAUUUGAAGGAGUGUUGCCGACAAUUAAACCAAAUUUUUAAAACACAGCUUCUGUUUAGCAUUAUAGGAUUAGAAGUAUCUCUGUUAUUAAAUACCUAUACGGCAUUGGAUUUUGCUUUCAUCAAAUUGGAACCAAAUCAUUCCAAUAUGAAUAUGUACUGUAUCGCGUGGCUGAGUUGUGCCUGUUUCAAAUUAACAUGUUUAUGUUGCACCAGCGGUUCUUUAAAUGGAGAAAUAAAUGAGACCAGGCGUAUUGCUUCAAAAAUGUUUAAUCAAGUGAACAGUGAACAAGUAAAGGAAGAGGUAGAGGAAUUUUUGUAUAUAACUUCGCUAUUAGAUUCAAAAUUCUCGCCGUUUGGCUUUUUUACUCUCGACUACAGUUUAAUCAGGAUUGUGGCGUCAAAAGUAACAACCUAUAUGAUAAUUGCGGCCCAAUUUACGUUUAUUAGAAAAAAUUGAUGGAUUUAUCUAUUGCAUACAGAAUAUUGCUUAUAUGUUGUUUUAAUAUUUAUGUAAUUCAAGAAAAUGCGUAAAAUUAAA